AUGUGUCUCUACGCAACCAUCUUCUUCAUCGGCUACUGUCUUGGCAUAUGUUGCUCAACAGAAGCUCAAGAUAGCGAAGAGGAUAACAUGUCAGAGCAAUAUGUUCAGUAUGGCGAUCCUCUACUACCUAGUCCAUCAUCACCAGCUUACGCACAAGCCAAUGAGCAAACACCACUCCUUCCGAGGGCUGAUCGUCUGAGAAAAUUCAGUCCGCGUGGCAGUCAGAAACGGGUAACAUCUUGGGUACUCACGUUGGAGAGGGAGCAGGUAGAGAGAAAGCGAGUCACGGAUGAGCAGUAG